AUGCUACUGCUCGUAUCCUCAGCACUCAGCGUCAAUUUCAGUCAAUGUCUAGUUGAUAUUCAGUCGGGGAAGUAUGGAAUAAAUGGUUUGCUGGAUAACCAAGGAAACCCUGUUUCGACCUACGGUAACGCGACUGCUGCAACGCUUAAGUUGUGCUAUCAUGCAUGUGGUCGAGGGUCGGAGCCCUUCUCAUUUCCAGCUUUCGCUCAGGAAUCAAGUGCCUGGUUUGUUCCAUGGCUAGCCUUACUCUCCCAGCUUCCUUUUGGAGCAAACGACCUAUUCGAAAACGCCAGUUACAUCAUUCUGGCCGUCGGUUCUCCCACUCUUAUCAUUUAUUCCCUUUCUCUUUCCGCCAUCAAUACUCGUUGGAUCGGCCGCCUCUUUGAUAACGCAAAACGGUAUCCCAAUCGCAAUUACACUGCCAGAGCUUUCAAUGCUCUUCAACAUUGCUGCUUCUAUCUGGAACCGUCUGACGACGUCCUAGCAUCUGUCAUUGUCCUCCCACAAAAUGAUGCGUGGUGGGAAGGACUUGUUCAGGAAUUGGAGUCACGAAGACUCGGGUGGACCAUUUCCGCCUUCUUCAAUCUCAUCUGGGUUUUGAUCUCUUUCAUUCUCACCAUCAUCGACGCACUCAAUACUCCGAAUCAGGACACCAAUGCCAGCGGGCAGAGCAUUGGUCUUCUCUGGCUCUGGUUAUAUCCGGUCGUUGUAGGGUGGAUAGUUUUGUCUCCCGAGUGCGACAGGCGGUGGCUCGAAAGUCAGCUACUACAUGCAGGCAGUAAGGCAGUUAUUGCCUCAGAGACGCCCGGACAAUUCUACAAGUGUCCUCCGAAUAAGCAUCCUAUAACCCUGUGCAGGCCUGGCACGUCUCGAUGGAAAUUCCCCAAUGAUGACAUUUACCGUACAUUGCCGAUAUUUGACUAUGCGCGAGCGUAUUGGCUGAAUCAGGUGGUACUAGACUACUUCCAGUCGUAUCAUUCCAUUGCCGAGAAGGCGCAUGCUCGUGGACUCGUCCAAGUUAACGGUACCAUCGAAGAUAAGCACAGAACUGGGAGCAAGGACGUUAUCGUUUCGCGUUGCUAUCACGAAACCCCUCUGGAAUAUCAAGGAGAUAGCGUGUGUUUCCGGGUGUUAAAAGCAUCAAUCGCAGCUUUGGUGGUUCAAUGGGGUACUACAGCGUCAGGCAUAGUUGUCAUCUAUUUUACGCCCACGAAAGGUCUGGGAUGCCGGUCUUUAUCUUUCCUCCUGUAUGGGCUGGUUUCGACGGUCGCGUGGUGGUGCAUGAUUGUAUCAGCGUGGCUAGCUCACCGCUCUUCUACAUGGCCGGGACCUCGUCCUGCUAUGGAAAUCACAACGGACGAAUCAUCACAUCUCCCGUUAACCGCGAUCUCGAUGCCAAUGCUAGCACCGUCGGGCGAGCCUCCGUCGACUGACCGGUCGUCACGGACUACGCUUUCAUCAGAAUCCUGCAGGUCGACGAAAAACACUAGAGCUAGCGUUGACACCGCACCGCCAGACGACGGCUUGGCUGUAUUUUCCAGAUUUUUUUCGUAUGCAGGAAAGACCUUGGCGUUCCUCAACGCGCUGCUCCUAUUUGGAUUAUGCCUAGCGCAGUUGGGCAAUGGGUUUUCAAACUGCUGGUGCAAUAGCAGCUAUAUUGGAUUGCGGAGCAAAGCAUACACGGCUUUUUUAAUUCCCAGCAGUGACUUUGCUUCACUUAGGGCGGCAUGGGGUGGCGCAAUUUUCUUAGGUACUGUAAUCUCGUCACUGUUUGCAGUUCUUAUUAUUUUUGCAAAGAAAACGUGCUACCCCGACUGA